AUGGAUCUACAUUGCGAAUGCAUUAGGAACGGCUAUGAUGAGUGUCUAUGUCGGUUCUGUACGAGAUGUGGAAAGUUUGGCCACAGAAAAUAUCACUGCAGAGCAACGCAAUGUGGCCAAUGUAGAUCGUGGCAUCUGUUAGGAAAGUGUCCCCUUGAGGUGAGACAGUAUAUCCGAAGGCGAAGUGCCGAGAGCGCUUCAUCCUCCGAAGAAGAGAUUAUUCAGCCAAACACAAAUACUCUUGAUGGACUAAAUGAGAACCCUAGUGUGGAAAGGCCUGCAAGGACUAGAAACAAUUUUACCGCAGGCGUAGUGGGGGAACCACUCCAGCUCCAGAAUAUUGGGCCUGUCAAUCGUGCACUCAUCCUAAAGCAACUCAUCUCAAAAACAGCAGAAAAAUAUGAAGAGAGAUAUGCUUUGAUAGCAAUUGGUCAGAACCCAGAAAACCUAUCCAUUUGUGGGGUUUACCUCCACAUCCUGUGGAGGAGAAGCAAUCCGCAAAAGUUUUGGUUAUACGUCGGACAAGCAGCAGAACUUCGAGAGAGAAUUCGAACACACAACGAUAUCUACCGCCGGAAACGUAACCCAUCGUUACACUACCAUGUUUGGGACUCAUCUGAAGACAUGGAGUCGGUAUUUGUCACCCUAGGCACCAGUGAAAAGCCAACAUCUGCCAAAACACAGCUAUUGCUGAACCUCCUCGAAAUGUGGGUGGCACUGGUCUUCCAGACAUUGACAUCAUUACACCUAAAUGAGUAUCUACCCGAGAGUGUAAACAGACUCUGGUCAGGGCAUCACCUUAAUGUUGCACUACCCUUGUGGCAAGGCUUCACGGAGGAAAACCAGGCUGUGAGCGAGGCAGUUGGCGGGCGAAUAUCUUUUCAGCAGCAUUUAUUUUCUGAGGACCCGAGAAUUCGUCAAUGGGCAGAAAGUGCAAGAGACGCGUUCAACGAUAUACGAAACUCUCCCGACGCUCUGCUAAGACAAUAUUAUCAAAACCUUCUCUCCAAGCGUCGAGCCCAGGGCCAGCAAGCCUGGCAGAAAAAAAAGUCGACGAACAUCAUGAAAUACUUGGAACCAACAAAGGCAACAGUAAAGGCGUCCCAUGAGGAUGAAAUAUAUGAAGUGUCAUGCGGUUCCUUCAGAUUUACAAUUUCACAGUUGCUUGGGCUACAUUUGAGAGGUGGUGACGAAGUCUUUGUUCAACUUCACUUAGCUGGAAGCCGUCACCCCAACGCCUAUGCUCAAAUGGCCGAAACAAGGGACCCAGCAAGCCGACUAGCAAUUUCGAUUAGCGGCCAUGAUGCCCAGGGGGGCUUCCACACCUGGCUCCAAACCAAGGGGACUCGAAAUGUUUUCAAGAUGAAUUCCCUAGUUGAUGUGCUGGAGGGAUAUUCCUUGGAGGAGAGCCAACAUUUCCAACGACGUUGGCAUUCCAUGAGGCUGGUUCCUUGUGAUAGUUCUUCGCGGAAACAUGUGUAUACUUGA